AUGAUAAAAAAAAGGAUAUCGGGCAAAAAAGCUUCACCCUACAACCCUUGGCGAUUAUUUGACGACUUAGAACUUGCAAUACCGGGCGAGACCGAUGACGAGAAGAAGCGCGAAACUUCUGAUAUUCGUACAAGAAAAGCUGUGUGUGACGUAGAAUUUGAUACGCGCGACAGUGCUAAGGCUUCUGGUUCUACCAAUAAUCAAGAGCCAGAGGAACUAUAUUUUCUACGCUAUAUAAGGCGACACGACUGGGAGCAAGAUAUAAUCAAAGGUUGGUUCUUAACAAUGAUGGGCAGUGCUGGAGUUAGGGUUGCCACUUCAACUUCCAUCAUCUUUCCUUCUGGCUUAUUAGAUUUGGAUGAAGUUGCCACUUCCACUGAAAGUUUUUUCUUGACUGGCAAUGGAUUGGGAAUUGAAUUUGGUGUGAGAGGGGUUGGAUUGUCUGGGAUGGAACUUGAAGCAACCAUAUCAGGAGAGGUGUUUCCUGAGUGGUGA